GGGAAGUGAGAAGUUCCAGUGCUCUGCCAUCGAUAGGGGGAGCCGGCCCUCUGGGUUCGACCCUUCGUUAGGCGUCUGGGGCUGGGGGUUAGGGAGUUGGCGGGGCGUAGGGCACCUUGAGGCCCCAGGCUCGGAGGACCGGAGAAUGGCGGCCUUAGGGUCCCCGGCGCGCACGUUACGGGCCCUUCUACGGGAGUUACGCUGCAUGAACGCGGCCACUGGCCGACCCUAUCGCGACACCGCGGCCUAUCGGUACCUCGUGAAGGCUUUCCGUGCACAUCGGGUCACCAGUGAGAAGUUGUGCAGAGCCCAACAUGAGCUUCACUUCCAAGCUGCCACCUAUCUCUGCCUCCUACGCAGCACCCGUGAACAUGUGGCUCUUCAUCAGGAGUUUCAUGGCAAGGACUGCAAGCUCCCUAUGAGCAAGGCCCGUGUUCCUUCACCUUUGCAGUCUCCAGAGCACGUCCACAGUGGCAUACCCAGCACUGUUCAGUCAGCGCUUUGAAUGCAUGGCUUGGAGUACACUCUGAACAGAACCAUUCCGGAAGCAUUUCAAAACAGCAUCUCUUCUAAGAGAUUAAUAUUAAUAUAAUGGAAUUAAGAGGUCAAAUAAAUAUUCAGUUGAACAGAUAAAAAAACUAGAAAUGUUUAACAUACAUUUUUCCCCCUGCUUUAUUUUGUGAGUAUGGGUAUAUUAAUAUUCUAUGAAAAUUUUUACAUUGGUAAGAGGAAGCAAAAGGAUUAAGAUUGGUUGGUAUUUUGAUUUCCUUUGUUAUUAAAAUACUAUAUAUACAAUAAGUAACAUUUUAAAAUAAAGACAUUUGAGUCAGAACUGCCUAACAGGGUAAGAAAUAUUUAUCACAGGUUUGAACUCAUAUAGCCCUAGGUUUUAAUCCCACCUUGAUAGUUUACCAGCUGUGUGAUCUUGGGCAAUUAGUUGACCUGAGUUUGUUCCCUCUUCUGUAAAAUGGGAAUGCCACCAUUGUGGUUGUAAUUAAUAAAGAAUAAUGUUGACAUGAAACACUUACACAGUACCUAAUUAGUGCCUGACAAAAACAUUAAAAUCUUGUUUUUACUGUA